AUGUCAUCCCCUUCACCCCAUUCCCGCGACUCGUCCGCUCCUGCAUCUACCGAUCAUCCUGAACCUACUCAUCCACCUUACUCUUCUUCUUCUACACCAUCCAAUUCUCCUCCUCCACCUACAAUAUCCAAUAACAACGAUCAAGAUUUCUUUUCUUCUUCGAAAUUAUUUUCAUCACUGUAUAACCGGCCAUCAUCUUCUUCAUCUCCUAAUCCGUCAAAUCCACUAUUACCUUCUUUACCUAAUAAUACAGCAUCGGCAUUAGCAUCCAAGUACGAUCCAUCAUUAUCAUAUUUUCAAUCAUCCUCAUCGUCUUCAUCCUCGUCUACGUCAUCUAUUACUCAAGGGGUGAUACAGCAACCUCCCAGAAUACCAGAAAGAUGCUUUUCGUUCUGUUCGCAAACAGAUGGAAUUAGACCUUUAUGUAGAAUGUUCUGUUUGAGGAAAAGACAACCUAUUUUAACUCGAGAAGAACAGCUAAAACGUUUACGUCCAUCGAUAUCUUCCAACCCGAAUCGAUCAACCCCGAUUGAUGCUGGUGGCGGAUCAUCAUCAUCAUCAUCAUCAUCAGAUGUACCAUGGUACAGGAUCCCGUUUGAGGCGUUACGGAAAAAGGUCGAUCCAUAUUCGUUUAUAUACAUAAAAGGUACUCCUGAUGGUGUAAUAGGUAGAUAUAUGGAAGAAUUGGAAUGGGAUGAUGGUGAAUACGAUUUCGGUUCAAUAUCAAGAGGUGUAGAUAGUGGUGUUGUAAAAGGUAAAAAAAGGAAAGAAGGUGAAGGAUGGGUUUGGUUAGAUUGGGGUGAUCAUGGCUCACUCCUUCAUUUACCUUUAUCGACGAUAUUCCAUCCGAUCCUCUCAAUACCCAAUACUCUCUCUAACCUGCUCACACCCUCUUACAACUUGCUCAAAUUGUAUUCUACCUCAUUCAGCGAUGGUGCACAACUUCGAUCACUGGAAAGGUUCUCCAAGGAAAUAGAAAGAGGAGGCGCUACCGAGAUGCUGGGUAAACUCAGGGGAUAUUGGGAGAAAAGAGUAAAAGAAACUAGAGAAAAAAGAGAGGAAAUGAUGAAACAGCUCAAAGAGGAAAGAGGUAGGGAAGUUGAAGGUGGUAAAGGAGAGUAG